AUGAACUUUAAAGAAACGUCAUCAUUAUUGCUAGAUGGUGCUAGUGAGAGCUGUUACGGCAGUCAAAUACUGCAAUCGUCGACGGAACAGGGCAUUCAAGAUCAAGAUAUUGAAUUUCAAACAGCUAACAACACUUCAUCAUUACCACAAAUUCAUGAACCUCAACACAAACAUGCAGCUACAAAAAGACUACUCAAUCAAAGACAUAUAACAAUGCUAUCAAUUGGUGGAAUAAUAGGUACUGGGUUUUUUUUUGGAAUAAACUUAACAUUAAUUCAUGGACCAAUAAUAAGUUUAAUUUCAUUUAUUUAUUUAAGUUUUUUAAGUUAUAUCAUAAUUCAGAGUGUGGGUGAAAUGUCAUGUUUUCUGCCUCUAAAUGGAUCAUUGUGUCAAUUUCAAUACUUGUAUAUAUCUGACAUUAUUGGGUUUUUGAAUAACUUAAUUUAUUGGAUAAGUUGGUCAAUUACUUUAAGUUUGGAGUUGAAUUUGAUAUUUGAGAUUUUAAAGUUUUGGAAUUUAUCUGGGUUAUUCAGUAACCAGCUAGUUGUAAUUUUAAUAUUUUGGGUUUGUUUAACUGUAUUCAAUUUAUUUCCUGUCAAUUAUUAUGGAGAGAUUGAGUUCUUUAUUACUUUAUUUAAGGUUUGUUUUAUCAUUAGUUGGAUCUUCUUGAGUAUUUGGUUAAUUUUGACUAACAAAGUUGGUUUUAAAAAUUGGAAUCGAAAUUUAAUUUGGGGUAUGGAUACAAUACAAGUUGUUAAAAAUCCAACUGAGAAUAAGAUAUUAAAUAUUUUAUCAUCAUUAGUUGCUUCUUGUUUUACCUUCCAAUCAAUUGAAUCAAUUGCAUUAUGUUCAGGAGAGAUACAAAAUAUACACAAAACAUUACCUACAACAGUAAAAUAUGUUAUAUCAAGAUUAGUCAUAUUCUACAUUUUGACGUUAUUUUUAUUGACGAUAAUGGUUCCGAGUGACGAUUCAAAGUUAACAGGUGACAGUCGAAAUAUCUUUGCAUCUCCAUUUUUAAUUGGUUUGAUUAAUUGUGGAUUGAAUAUGAGUUCAGUAAUACUAUCGAUUUUUAAUUUCAUAAUUUUAAUGUCAAUAAUUUCAGCUGCAAAUUCAAAUAUUUAUUUCGGAUCAAGAUGUUUAAUAUCAAUGGUUGAAAAAAAUAUGUUUUGGGAAACGUUUGGUAAAACUAAUAAAUAUGGAAUACCAUAUUAUGCAGUAUUGUUAACUUCAAUUUUGGGUUUAAUUCCUUCAUUAUUAUCUUCUCACAAAUCAUUCGAUUUAAUUUUCAAAGUGUUGAUUAACUUGUCAGCUACUUCUGGAUUGUUGAUGUGGUUAUUUAUUCUGAUAAGUUACAUCAGAUUUAGGGAAGUUUUGAAGUAUAACAAACUACAAUAUGAAAAUUUGGCAUUUAAAUCAACAAAACUUGAUAUGAUCAAAAUGUCACAUAUAUCAAUUGUAAGUAUAAUAAUUAUAAUCAUAAGCAAUGGAAUAAUAAACAUUUGGGAUUUCACAUGGGACUCAUUUUGGAGUUGUUACUUAACUUCGAUUAUAAUAAUUUUAGGUUGGAUUGUGCUAAGCAUCAAAUGGAAACAAUUUGCAUUUCUCAAACCAAUACUGACAGUUGAUAUUUUUACUGAUCAAUCUCCUUUCGCAUUUAAGAAAUAA